AUGGGCAGACAUGCCAACCCCGACAUCAGGCGUGCCUUUGCUGAAUUCCAGGACCAGGAAACGCCCUCCAAAUGCAACAAGGUUCGCUGUCGUCAUUGCGGCUACGUUCGCGCAAAAAACACGACGCGCCAAAUCGAACAUUUGCAGGAAUGCCAGGCAUACCUUGCCUCGUCGGACGCGCAAACCCACCUCCUCGCGCAGCGGCAACAGCAGGAUGGAACUCCAGCUGAGCCAAACAUGGCCGCUGGCUCCAGUCAAAUCUUCAGCGGACAACAGCCCAAUCCAAACCUACAGGUCCAACGGCGGGGUCCCAAUACCAGCAAGCGCGCCCGCGAUACCCAGCCCAUUAUUGCGCCGAAAACUGUCCCGGUGCCAACGGUCAUGCCAUCUCUGACCGCGCAUCUACUCAAUGUCUGCGCUGGCCCUCUCCGACAAGCAACCCAACGACCCUUCUUGUCGCAUGCUGGCUGCGGAUCUUUAACGGCGGAGCCUCUGUCAUGGUGGCUGGUGCAAGACGGGCACUAUGCGCGUGGAUUCAUACGCUUCGCAGGACAGUUGCUGGCCAAAAUUAGGUUGCCGCAGACACCGAACUCGCAGUUCCACCCCAUGUAUCGUACCAUGGACCUCUUGAUCUCAGCUUUGAAUAACAUGCGGCGGGAGAUUCAAUUUUCUGAGAUUACUGCAACAAAGUACGGACUGUCUUUGGGCACCGAUUUGCCUACUCCCGUUACUCGCGGAUUACUGGAUCUCUUGGUCAGUGCCAGUAGCUCAAGCGCAUCCCUCUUAGAGGGAAUGGUUGUACUUUGGGGAACUGAGCAUGCCUAUCGUGCCGCUUGGCAAUACGCAGCAACCUUUUCCAGCUCCCUACCCACAUCCAUCAGUGAUUCGCACAUUGCCGCACUCCACCAAGUCCUCAUACCGAAUUGGACCUCGCCCCCCGCAUACAAGUUCCUCGACGCAACACGUGCACUCGUCGACGAGCUAGCCAACAUCACAACCACACGAGACGGUAAAGAAGAAAUGGUCCGCUGCGAAGAACUCUUCCGGCAGAUAUGCUGGCUAGCAGAGCGCUACUGGCCCGCCAUUGACGAGAACGGCGGCUGGAUUGACCCUCCCAUGGGCUACACCAUCCCCGGCACGCGUCCCGUAACCAUGAACAGGAACGUCGUACACCCGAACAUGACCGCACCCAGCAUGCACGCCCCUGGCAUGAACAUGCAUGGGAACCCAGUUAACGGAAAUAUGGCAGGUCCGGCGCCAACCCCCAACAUGCACGGUCACGUGAAUACCAACAUGAGCAAUAACGCGAAUCCCAACCCGAAUAUCAAUACCAGCACCAGUAUGAAUACCAAUGCGAACAACAGCAACAACAAUAGGAAUAAUCCCGCCCCUAUUGCUCCAAUCAAUGCUGGCGUCCGCAAGGAAAGCACGUCUGUUAAUGACAACAGGAGCCAGCAGAGCAUGGACCGUGGAAACAGCAUGGAUAGCGACAGUGGAGAAUCGUCGGCUUGA